GGGAGUCGGGCUGCGGGCGGAGCUAGGCCCCGGGACCGGGCAGCGGCGGCGAAACUGGACUCACCCUGCGGGGAGGAGAGGGGGACAGGGAGAUAAAUUGUUAGCGGGGCGAGACGGUGAAGCCACGAGCGGACUGUACGUCAGGCCGUCGGCGAGAUGGGAACGGCAUCUUCGCUGGUGGGCGCGAACGAAGUGAUCGAGGACACGGACGGGGGUGGCGGGGAAGCCUGCGAGAUCCCGGUGGAGGUCAAGCCCAAGGCCCGGCUACUGCGCAGCUCUUUCCGCCGGGCCCCCCGAGUCAUCGGCGCCAGCUUCAAGUCCACCGCCUCCGUUGACCUGGAGUACGCCGCAGAGUACGAGCGCCUCAAGAAGGAGUACGACAUCUUCCGCGUCAGUAAAAAUAACGAAAUCUCCGCCAUGCAGAAACGGGAGACCAAACUGGACAAGGAGAAUAAAAGGCUACGGGCAGAGCUGCAGGCUCUCCAGAAAACCUACCAGAAGAUACUUCGAGAGAAGGAGAGUGCACUUGAGGCCAAGUACCAGGCCAUGGAAAGAGCUGCUACCUUCGAGCACGACAGAGAUAAAGUAAAAAGGCAGUUCAAGAUUUUUCGCGAAACGAAAGAGAAGGAAAUCCAAGACCUGUUACGAGCUAAACGUGAGUUGGAGGCCAAGUUGCAGAGGCUGCAGGCCCAGGGAAUCCACGUCUUUGAUGCUACAGACUCCGACUCCGACGACAACCACACCGAUGUCACGGCCACGGGCACUCAGUGUGAUUACUGGAGUGGUGGAGUGCUGGGCAGCGAGCCAUCGAUGGGGAGUAUGAUACAGCUUCAGCACACAUUCCGUGGCCCAGAGUUUGCACAAAGUUCCAUCGACGUGGAGGGACCAUUCAUCAACGUCAACCGAGAUGACUGGGAUGCGGCUGUCGCAAGUUUGCUGCAGGUCACGCCGUUCCUGCCCCGUAGCCUGUGGAGCAACACCGCGCGCUGCUACCUGAUGAACGCGGCAGACACCCAGCCGCAGGUUGACCUCUUCCUCCAGGAAUACUCUCCGAAGCUGCAAACAAUCUGCGAGAGCCUUGGUCACUUUUUCCUCAUGGUACAUUUCCCAGUGGAGAAUUCAAACCAAUACUUAACAGAGAGAAGGUGGGAGAUUGAGAAAAGCUCCUUGUGUCUUGCCUUCCUCGGUGCUGCUUUGCCCAGAUCCAUGGAAGAGGACUGCGAAGAAUAUUUCCUGAAGAACUCUGAGACCAAACCUCUGGUGAUCUACCACAGCCUGUCAGAGACUGGUGGCGGUUCUGAGGAAGCGCUCCGACUGAUCGGAAAAAUAUCGGAUGCAAAUGAUUCCCAACGAGCCAAGAUCAUCGAAGAUGAUGGAAAUGCAGAGGAGGGCGCAAAGAAAAUAUUUGCCCAAAUAGAAAAGAUCAUCAAGCAGGAAUUGCUGGGCUGGGAAAGCGCAAACCUUGAAAACAAGGAUUCCGGAUUGAAGGAUGAUUCCAUGAACUGGGAAGAGGAGGACUUUGGAGAUACCAUCUGGGAUAUGCACGAAGAGCAGGGGCAGUUGGAAGCGUUUCAAGCUGCUUGUGGGAACACCUCCGAAUUGGGAUUUGACAAGUAUUACGAGCGGCUGAAUGAUCUGGUGUCUGCCCCUGCACCCAUACCUCCACUGCUUGUGUCAGGAGGGCCUGGCUCGGGGAAAUCCCUGCUGCUCUCCAAAUGGAUUGAGCAUCAACACAAGGCUUCACCGAGCACUUUACUGUUGUAUCACUUUGCAGGAAGGCCUUUGUCCACCAGCUCCGAGCCAGCACUCAUAAUUAAACGACUCACCGUCAAGCUGUUGCAACAUUCCUGGUCCAUGUCAGCUCUUACACUGGAUCCGAGUAAGUUACUGGAAGAGUUCCCUCGAUGGCUGGAGAAAUUAUCUGCACGCCAUCAGGGCAGUAUCAUCAUCAUCAUCGACUCCAUCGACCAGAUCGAGCAAGCUGAGCGUCACAUGAAGUGGUUAAUCGACCCACUCCCUGUAAACGUCAGAGUGAUCGUCUCUGUCAACGUGGAGACCUGCCCGCAAGCAUGGAGGUUGUGGCCGACCCUUCACCUUGACCCGCUGAGCCCGAAGGACGUCAUAGCUCUGAUCACCGCAGAGUGCCACCACGCGGACGUCAAGCUCACCCGAGAGCAGGUGAAGCGGCUGGAGAAACAUUGCCGAUCUGCAACAACGUGCAACGCCCUCUACGUUACUCUCCUGGCCAAGAUGCUCACAUGCGUCAAAGGCCUUGGAGAUGUCGACGUUAUUGUCCAGCAGUGUUUUGAAUGUCAGGACACCGUCUCCCUAUACAGGCUGGUGCUGCAGUCUGUACAGCAGGCCCUGCACACUGACGGGGCCAAACAACUAAUGCAGGAGAUGCUGUGCCUGAUCUACGUGAGCCACAACGGUGUGAGUGAAGGUGAGCUGCUGCAGAUAUACCCUGAGCUUCUCUGGCCCACCUUGUCCUCGCUUCUCCGCAGCUUGCAGAGCACGUGCGUGCUGGCACAGAGCUGUGGCCUCCUCAACUUCCAGCACCUGCAGGCUUUGGACGCAGUGCGAUUGGAAUAUAUGGAGAAAAAAGGACAGGAUUCUGUUACAGUUUACAGAGAAAAACUAGUGCAGUAUUUUUCGCAUCAAAUGAGUCAGGGCAGAGUGACGUGGCGGGGAGUGGAUGAGUUGCCCUGGCUCUUCCUGCAGCAGGGGGACAAGACCAAGCUGCACGGCUGUCUGCUCAACCUUUUUGUGUCUCAGAACCUGUACAAGAGAGGCCAUUUUGCAGAGCUGCUAUCCUAUUGGCAAUACGUGGGGAUGGAUAAGAAUUCCAUGGCUGCUGCUUACUUUGAGUCAUUGAAGCAGUACGAGAGGAGCUGCGAAGGGGAGGACAUGAUCGUGCGCUUGGCAGAUCUCUACGAGACGCUGGGCCGCUUUUUGAAAGACUUGGGCCUGCUGAGCCAGGCGGUUGCCCCACUGCAGCGUUCUCUGGAGAUCCGUGAGAGUGCGUUGGACCCGGACCACCCCAACGUGGCGCAGUCCCUGCACCAGCUCGCCAGCGUGUACGUGCAGUGGAAGAAGUUCGGCAACGCCGAGCAGCUGUACAAGCAGGCGCUGGAGAUCAGCGAGAACGCCCACGGCCCCGUACACCCACGGGUGGCUCAGCAGCUCGAUGCCCUGGCCAUGCUGUACCAGAAACAGAACAAGUACGAGCAAGUGGAAUCAUUGAGGAAGCGAUCGAUGAAGAUCAGGCAGAAGAUGUCCAAGCAAAAAGGGAGCAUGCACGGCUUUGCCAUCCUGCGUCGCAGGGUGCUGCAGUUGGAGGAGCUGAGCCUGCGCGCCGAGUCUGCAGACACCGCCCACACUCUCAACGAGCUGGGAGUGCUGUACUACCUGCAGAACAACCUGGAGACCGCCGAGAUGUUCCUGAGACGUUCGCUGGAGAUGAGGGAGCGCACCGUCGGGCGUGAGCACCCGGACUGCGCGCAGUCCCUCAACAACCUGGCGGCCCUGCACAACGAGAGGGGGGAGCAGGAGAAGGCGGAGGAGCUGUACGAGCGGGCGCUGGAGAUCCGCUGCCGAGCCCUGGCACCCGACCACCCCUCCGUGGCCUACACCGUCAAACACCUGGCCCUGCUCUACAAGAAGCGAGGGAAGCUGGAGCAGGCGGCUGCUCUGUGCCAGUUGGCGGUGGAGAUACGACAGAAGUCCUUUGGGCCAAAGCACCCGAGCGUAGCCACGGCCUUGGUCAACCUGGCUGUGCUGUACUGCCAGCUGAAGAAGCACACGAAAGCGCUGCCGCUCUAUGAGCGUGCGCUGAAGAUCUACGAGGACAGCCUGGGCCGCUGUCACCCGCGGGUGGGAGAGACACUGAAGAACCUCGCCCUGCUCAGCUACGAAGAGGCCAAUUUUGAGAAGGCAGCAGAAUUGUACAAAAGGGCGAUGGACAUCAAGGAGGCGGAGGUGUCGGGGACUGGCGGCAAAGCUCUCUCGCGCCACUCGUCCAGCGGGGAUGCGCUGAGUUUGAAGAACACGGCGGCCGUCAAUCCCAGUCUGGAGCUGGCCUUCAGGUGACUGCGACCCACACGCCCAUGGCAUCAUCCCUCUGCUUGGAGGCUGCCGACCUGCUAUAGACAAUAGACAAUAGGUGCAGGAGUAGGCCAUUCGGCCCUUCGAGCCAGCACCGCCAUUCAAUGUGAUCAUGGCUGCUCAUCCCCAAUCAGUACCCCGUUCCUGCCUUCUCCCCAUAUCCCCAGACUCCGCUAUCUUUAAGAGCCCUUUCUAGCUCUCUCUUGAAAGCAUCCAGAGAACCGGCCUCCACAGCCCUCUGGGGCAGAGAAAUCCACAGACUCACCACUCCUUGUGAGAAAAAGUGUUUCCUCAUCUCCAUUCUAAAUGGCUUACUCUUUACUCUUAAACCUGGUUCUGGACUCCCCCAACAUCGGGAACAUGUUUCCUGCCCCUAGUGUCCAAACCCUGAAUAAUCUUAUAUGUUUCUGGAGCGACACAAAACACCGUCAACCCAUCCCCCUCCGCGGAUGCUGCCCAACACACAUUGUUUCCCCACUUGGUAUUUUCAAAGCUGCUAUGAAGAGCGUCCGAGCCAGAACAGAUCUCUUAUUCCCCCACCCGCACAUCAGUCCGAAGAAGGGUCUCGAUGGCAUUUUGUGUGUGGAGAGCCAGCAACAGCACUCGGGCCAUGCAAGACCUGCACUGACACAGGUGCCUUUUCACAGUUGAAGCAUCCAACAAAGCCUCUAAGGUGAAACAUAGAAACAUAGAAAUUAGGUGCAGGAGUAGGCCAUUCGGCCCUUCGAGCCUGCACCGCCAUUCAAUAUGAUCAUGGCUGAUCAUCCAACUCAGUAUCCCGUACCUGCCUUCUCUCCAUACCCCCUGAUCUCCUUAGCCACAAGGGCCACAUCUAACUCCCUCUUAAAUAUAGCCAAUGAACUGGCCUCAACUACCCUCUGUGGCAGAGAGUUCCAGAGAUUCACCACUCUCUGUGUGAAAAAAGUUCUUCUCAUCUCGGUUUUAAAGGAUUUCCCCCUUAUCCUUAAGCUGUGACCCCUUGUCCUGGACUUCCCUAACAUCGGGAACAAUCUUCCUGCAUCUAGCCUGUCCAACCCCUUAAGAAUUUUGUGAGUUUCUAUAAGAUCCCCUCUCAAUCUCCUAAAUUCUAGAGAGUAUAAACCCAGUCUAUCCAGUCUUUCUCAUAAGACAGUCCUGACAUCCCAGGAAUCAGUCUGGUGAACCGUCUCUGCACUCCCUCUAUGGCAAUAAUGCCCUUCCUCAGAUUUGGAGACCAAAACUGUACGCAAUACUCCAGGUGUGGUCUCACCAAGACCCUGUACAACUGCAGUAGAACCUCCCUGCUCCUAUACUCAAAUCCUUUUGCAAUGAAAGCUAACAUACCAUUCGCUUUCUUCACUGCCUGCUGCACCUGCAUGCCUACCUUCAAUGACUGGUGUACCAUGACACCCAGGUCUCGCUGCAUCUCCCCCUUUCCCAAUCGGCCACCAUUUAGAUAAUAGUCUGCUUUCCGUUUUUGCCACCAAAAUGGAUAACCUCGCAUUUAUCCACAUUAUUCUGCAUCUGCCAAACAUUUGCCCACUCACCCAGCCUAUCCAAGUCACCUUGCAGUCUCCUAGCAUCCUCCUCACAGCUAACACUGCCCCCCAGCUUAGUGUCAUCCGCAAACUUGGAGAUAUUGCCUUCAAUUCCCUCAUCCAGAUCAUUAAUAUAUAUUGUAAAUAGCUGGGGUCCCAGCAAUGAGCCUUGCGGUACCCCACUAGUCACUGCCUGCCAUUGUGAAAAGGACCCGUUUACUCCGUGAAGGGUGCAAAGAUUUAAUAGGAACCUGAUGGAUAACUUUUUCGACACAGAGAGUGGUGGGUGUAUGGAACAAGCUGCCAGAGGAGACACUCGAGGCAGGGACUCUCGCAAUGUUUAAGAAACAUUUAAGACAGGUACGUGUUUACGAAAGAACUGCAGAUGCUGGAAAAAUCGAAGGUAGACAAAAAAAUGCUGAAGAAACUCAGUGGAUGAGGCAGCAUCUACGGACCCGAAACGUCACCUAUUCCUUCGCUCCAUCGAUGCUGCCUCAUUCGCUGAGUUUCUCCAGCAUUUUUGUCCACCGCUGAUUUUUCCAGCAUCUGCAGUUCCUUUCUUAAACGGAACGGAUUUAAUUGAAAGGUUCCAGUGAAGAUUUCCGGUAAUUUUUGUACUGUUCAGCAUUUAGUUUUUCCACUAUAUAUACACAAUAAACUAAACUGUCAAGAAAUGUUUUAGGGGUGGGGGUGGGGAUGAACACCGAUCAAACACUAAUGUACCUGGCAGGGGUCGGGACAGAAAUGGUCCCUCAGUUGGAUGAGCUGGUUUGGAAUGAGUAGCUUACACUUGCAAAUGAGCAGUUCCUUGCUGCAUCAGACUUCUACUUCAAUUCAAUUUAAUUGCCCUUUAUUGUCAUUCAAACAUGCAAGUUUUGAACAAAAUGUCGUUCCUGCAGUCAUAACAGCA